AUGAUGCCUGCGAAACGAGGAAAGAAGGCUGCUGGUGCGGCAUCUCAAGAAGACAACAUACAAACUGUCUUCCAGAAGUUCUCCGCACACCUAGACAAGGUCAAGGAUGCGCCAGUACUAAUUGGUGUUCCAUCUGCACUGCUUAAAGCCAUAAAUGGGAUCAUCACUGCAUGCCGCCAGAAACACACAUUGAUAAACCAGCCAGAGGUUGAUGAGUUCGUGAGGAAACUCGAUGAUGAAGACGAUGUCAACCUCUGCAGCCGUUUGAAGCCCGAAGCAUUUUCCGUCAUCCUCAAAAUUAUCCUACAGAUGGAGGCAUGCAAGGAAGCUGAGCGCGGUCUCCAUUUACUGGCAGCUUCACUGUUCCAUGAUGCACAAAACACGGAAAACAAGGACGAGCUGGACAAGAAGAAGGACAUCAUUGGAUCGCAGUGUCUUAUACAGCUGCUGAAUUACUUCAUUGAUUCCGAAAAUUACUUUGGCAUGCGACGAUGGGUAAGCUUUUGA